UUUGACAGCUAAAAUUGUAAACAUUUGCUGGAUAUUUUCUGGAUUGUCAGUAGUAAUUCAUUAAAAUUUUUAAAAACAACGAUAGGUACAUAGUUAGUGUUAAAUUAAUAAAAACUUGUGUCUUAACUCUUAACCUGAGGAAAAAACAAUCAAAAUGUUCCGACCGCCGCCAAUGUUACGUCAUGUGCGACAAGCCCACUCAUCUGCUUGGAGAAAAAAUCCACAUCUGAAUGAGAUAAUCCGAGUAGAUCAUGCAGGGGAGUUAGGAGCGGAUCGUAUAUACGCGGGGCAAAUGGCCGUUCUGGGUACUAGCAAAGAAGGACCUCUGAUCCAGCACAUGUGGGAACAGGAGAAAAAACACAGGGAGAAGUUCGAAGAGCUGAUCUCCAAGUAUCGAGUUAGACCCACUGUGAUGAUGCCACUGUGGAAUGUAGCUGGAUUUGCGCUUGGUGCAGGCACAGCUUUACUAGGCAAAGAAGCAGCUAUGGCCUGCACAGUGGCCGUGGAAACCGUCAUAGUAGACCACUACAAUGACCAGCUCAGAACACUCAUGGAAGACCCAAACAUCGACAAAGAGAUCCUAGAAACAAUCACAAAGUUCCGUGAUGAAGAACAGGAGCACCAUGACACAGGAAUCGACCAUGGUGCCGAACAGGCUCCGUUCUAUCAAGCACUAACUGAAGUUAUUAAAACCGGGUGUAAAGUCGCGAUCGCUAUAUCGAAGAAGAUAUGAGUAUUAUUGCUAGUUUUAACGAAUUUAUAUUUUUGUAAAUAGUCAUAGUAAUAAAGAGUUAAUUUGCCAAAAGUAA